AACCUUUACCGAUAAAGUAUUGAAAUACACCGAACAACGGGCAUUCUAUCGCUCUAAUCGAACGAACCGAGGAAGGAGUAAUUGUUGGAUAAAAGAUUUAAUUAAUUGGCUUACCUAUUAAGAAUAAUCUGGAUAUGAUGACUUGCAGCGUAGAUUGAAAAAGAGUAGCGUUUAGCUCCUAGACGGACGAAAUCGUGAAAAAUCAAUUCUUUUUUGCGAUUGCAUAGCGAGAAGCUCAUCACAUCAAACGAUCCACUGAUCCGUAAGUCGAUGUUUGGAUCAGUAAAUCGAACGUAAUACAAAUAUUUCAAAAAUGUCUGAAAUGGAAGUGCAUGGUUUCAUGAGUGAAAAUGAAUUGAAUGAAAGUGCAGUCAGCGAGAUAGCUGAACAUUCUCAGGAUUCCCAAGAAGAAAUUGACGGUGUUCCUCAUGGUGACGAGGAACAGAAAGAAAAAUUGUUAAAACUCCCACUGAGUAGAGUUAAAGCAAUAGUGAAACUGGAUCCGGAUGUAAACUUAAUCACUCAAGAGGCUGUAUUUCUGAUAACAAAAUCAGCGGAACUUUUCAUUGACUCCCUAGCGAAAGAGUCCUACAAGUAUACAGCUCAGAACAAGAAGAAGACUGUGCAAAAACGAGAUGUCGAAAUCGCCAUUGAAAAUGUCGACGCAUUGGUGUUUCUAGAAGGAGCAUUAGAGUGACUUUGAAUCUUUUUUAUAUUAGCUUUAACACUUGCACGUCACUCAUGCGGAUGACUAAGAUGAUUUUAUUAUUUCAAUUGAUAGUGUAUUUAAUGUGAAACAAACAUAUGUUACAUCAUGUAAUUAUUAAGAUAAAUAUUUAAAUUCAUUAAUUCAUAGAACAGUUGAAGCUCUUGUAAUAACAUUUGAAAAUAUUUUCAAUUA